GGAUAUUAGAAGCAAAAAAUUAGGUGGCAAAAACGCUGAUGGAAAGACAUUGCGUUGUUGUUGCUUGUUUUACUCCUACAAAUUUGGUCACUGAGCACCUCACGGAACGGAUCAUCAUCCUCAUAAAACACACUCUCAGCAUUUCCUACCAUGAUGCUUUCAAAGACCGAGUCUUUUUUGGUUGGCUCACGCUCCAUGCAUUUUCUUCAGAGAAAUUUCAUUUCAUGUUUUUGAAGGAUAUGAUUCAAAAGGACUUGUAGUCAUUUUCCGGCGAGAAGUGAUUUUCCACUACUCAAAUGGCGUUUUCUCCUGCUAAUUUCCUCUUUGUUUUCUUGCUGAUUUGUGUUACGUUGUUGCUCGCGUUCAUAUUUUUUUCUGCAUUGCUGGCUUGGAUUUUGAGUCGGAUUUUUGGUGCAUCUGUUGGAUUUUGCGUUGGGGGAUGUAACAGUUUAAGAGAUGUGGUAGUGGUAUUUAAAAAGGGUGGUAUCGAAUCUGUAUCUAUUGGUGAAGUUAAACUCAACUUAUGCUAUUCGUUGGUCAAACAUGGUAUAGGUUCCAGUUCUCGGGGUCCAAAGUUGCAAGUGUUGAUAUGCAACUUAGAAGUUAUAAUGAGACCUUCAAAUAAAAGCACAGGGAAGAAGAAAGUUAAGAAACCCAAUGCUCGUGCUUUCGGCAAGGGAAAGUGGAGAAUUAUAUGCAUUGCACGAUAUUUAUCAGUUAGCGUGAAAGAUCUAGUUCUGAAGACACCUAAAUCUACUUUUGAGAUCAAAGAGUUGGGUUUGGAUAUUUGUCAAGAUGGUGGAUCUGAGUCAGAUUUAUUUGUUAGAUUACAAAUAUUGCCCCUUGUUAUUCACAUUGGUGACCCUCAAGCUAGUUGUGAUCAGUUAUGUAAUUCUAGUGGUGGAGGAUUCAGUGUUUCUAGUCAGGCAUCUAUUGCUGCUGUAGAAAAGUCUUAUCCUUUUAUCUGCGAAAAAAUCUCCAUUUCAUGCGAAUUUGGUCAUGUUAGGGAAAUAGGUAUAGUUACAAAGAAAGUGGACAUUUCCUGUGGGGAGGUCACAGUGAAUUUGAAUGAGAGGUUGCUUGUGAAAAAAAAGAGUUCAUUGGAAUCUCCUUCUAGCUCUGACAGAACUACAGGGCCAAAUGUUGAUUCUAUGAGCAUGAAACAGCCGCCCUCCACGAUGCAACAAAAACUAGCACGCUACUGUUCUCUAUUUCCUGAGAAGGUCAGCUUCAAUCUGCCAAAGCUGAAUGUGAGUUUCGUGCACUGCGAAUAUGGUCUUUCUGUUGAAAAUAACAUCAUGGGCAUCCAGUUGAAAAGCAUCAAAUCACGCUCCUUUAAAGAUAUCGGGGAGAGUACACGCCUUCAUAUUCAACUGGAGUUUAAUGAAAUUCAUCUUCUUAGAGAAGCUAGUGCUUCCAUCCUUGAGAUAUCGAAGGUGAAUUUGGCCUCUUUUGUGUACGUACCGGUACAGUCCACCUCGCUUGUUAGAGCUGAAACUGAAAUCAAGCUUGGAGGUUUACAAUGCAAUAUCAUAAUGAACAGAUUAAAGCCCUGGUUACUUCUCCACUUUUCUAAAAAGAAAAAAAUUGUACUUCGGGAGGAUGCUUCUGUUGUAAAGCCGAAAUCAGCUGAUAGCAAGACCAUCACGUGGACAUGUAAAUUGUCAACUCCUCAGUUGACAUUAAUACUUUUUGAUAUGGAAGGUUCUCCAGUGUAUCAUGGUCGCUUACAAUCAGCACAUCUAUCGGCAAACAACAUUUCAAAUAUGGGGACUACAGUACACGUUGUGCUUGGUGAGUUAAAUCUCCAGUUGGCUAAUGAAUAUCAGGAAUGUUUGAAAGAAAGCUUUUUUGGUGUGGAAUCAAGUUCUGGCUCCAUUAUGCACAUUACAAAGGUUACUUUGGAUUGGGGGAAAAAGGACAUGAAGUCCUCUGAAGAAGAUGGUCCUAGGUGUAUGAUAGGCUUAUCAGUUGAUGUUACUAGCAUGGGAGUUUAUCUAACUUUCAAGCGUGUAGAAUCAUUCAUAUCAACAGCAAUAUCCUUUCAAGCUCUAUUGAAAAGCAAAUCUACUUCGAAGAAAAAAUCAACGCAGAGCCGAGGGAGUGUAUCAAAAAGUUCAGGGAAGGGAACUCAAAUGCUGAAAUGCAAUCUUGUGCAGUGUUCAAUAUAUGUAUUGGGAGAGACUGGAUUAGAAAAUACAGUUGUUCCAGAUCCCAAGCGAGUCAAUUAUGGUUCUCAGGGUGGCAGAGUUAUAAUAAACACAUCAGCAGAUGGUACCCCACGCAAUGCAAAGAUAGUAUCCACUAUUUCUGAUGACUACCAGAAGCUAAAGUACUGUAUCUCACUUGAAAUCAUUCAUUUUAAGCUAUGUGUGAACAAGGAGAAAAAAUCCACACAGAUAGAACUUGAAAGGGCGAAAUCUAUCUAUGAGGAAUAUAUGGAGGAAAAUAGGCCAGUAGCAAAAGUGGCUUUAUUCGAUUUGCAAAAUGCUAAAUUUGUAAAGCGCUUAGGUGGCCUUAAAGAAAACGCAGCCUGUUCCCUUUUCAGUGCUACUGACAUUACAAUGAGGUGGGAGCCUGAUGUACAUCUUUCGUUAAUUGAACUUGUUCUCCAGCUGAAAUUAAUGGUACACAAAAGGAAGCUUCAGGAGCGUGGUAAUGAACAUGUGGAGGAUAUGAAAAAUGAAGCAACUAUGGAAUCAAGGAAUCUUGAAAAGAAGAAAGAAUCUAUUUUUGCUGUUGAUGUGGAAAUGUUAAAUAUAUCUGCUGAGCUAGGAGAUGGAGUUGAUGCUAUGGUUCAGGUGCAGUCAAUUUUCUCUGAGAAUGCUCGUAUAGGAGUGCUACUUGAAGGACUUAUGCUUAGUUUUAGUGGGGCAAGAAUUUUCAAGAGUAGUCGGAUGCAAAUUUCACGAGUUCCUAGUAUAUCUGCUAGUUCAUCUGAUGCAAACGGACCUGUAGCCACAACAUGGGAUUGGGUAAUUCAAGGUCUUGAUGUUCACAUUUGUUUGCCAUACAGAUUGCAAUUGCGUGCUAUUGAUGAUGCUCUUGAAGAUAUGUUGCGAGCUUUGAAGCUUAUUGUUGCUGCAAAGACUAAUCUGAUUUUUCCUGUGAAGAAAGAGAGUUCUAAAGUUAAAAAACCUAGUUCAGUAAAAUUUGGAUGCAUUAAGUUUUUCAUACGCAAGUUAAUAGCUGAUAUUGAAGAGGAACCAAUCCAGGGAUGGCUUGAUGAACACUACCAGCUGUUGAAGAAAGAAGCUGGUGAGUUAGCUGUCCGGUUAAACUUUCUAGAUGAAUAUGUAUUGAAGGCCAGGCAAGAUCCAAAAUCUACUGAUGACAGCAAUAAUGCUUCUGAAGAAGGAAAAGUUGAUUUUAAUGAUGUUGAGGUUGAUGUAAAUAAUUCUUCAACUAUUGAAUCCAUGCGAGAAGAAAUUUAUAAACGAUCUUUCCGAUCAUACUACGAGGCAUGCCAGAAGUUAGUAUCAUCUGAAAGCUCUGGUGCUUGUAAAGAUGGCUUUCAAGCUGGUUUCAGACCCAGUGCCUCAAGGUCUUCUCUUCUUUCAAUAACUGCAGUCGACUUAGAUUUAAGUUUGAUGAAAAUUGCUGGUGGAGAUGAUGGGAUGAUUGAUGUUGUGAGGAAGCUUGACCCUGUCUGUCUUGAAUAUGAUAUACCAUUUUCUCGACUCUAUGGGGCAGAGAUUGCCUUAAACACAGGUUCUCUUGUGGUUCAGAUUCGAAAUUACACAUUUCCUCUUUUCUGUGGAAGUUCCGGUAAAUGUGAAGGUCGUCUUGUGUUGGCUCAGCAGGCAACUAGCUUUCAACCUCAAAUACUUCAAGAUGUGUAUGUUGGGCGAUGGAGAAAGGUGUGCUUGCUUCGAUCAGCUAGUGGUACAACUCCACCUAUGAAGACAUACUCAGAUUUGCCAAUACAUUUUCAGAAAGGUGAAGUUUCAUUUGGUGUGGGUUAUGAGCCAGUUUUUGCUGAUAUUAGUUAUGCUUUCACCGUGGUGCUACGGAGGGCUAAUCUAAGUGUUAGGAAUCCUGGCCCACUUAUUAUUCCACCGAAAAAGGAGCGGAGUUUGCCAUGGUGGGAUGACAUGAGAAAUUACAUUCAUGGAAGAAUUUCCUUAUUAUUUUCUGAAACAAGAUGGAAUUUUUUAGCAAGUACAGAUCCUUAUGAAAAUCUUGAUAAACUUGAACUUGUGAGUAGCUCUAUGGAAAUUCACCAGUCAGAUGGUAAGGUUCUUCUUUCUGCCAAAGAUUUCAAGAUUUUAUUGAGUAGUUUGGAGAGCUUGGCAAGAAAACAUGGUUCCAAAAUUCCAACUGGUGUCGCUGGUGCCUUUUUGGAAGCCCCAGUUUUUACAAUUGAAGUUACAAUGGACUGGGACUGUGACUCUGGAAAACCUUUGAAUCAUUUUUUAUUUGCACUUCCAAUUGAAGGGAAACCUCGUGAGAAAGUAUUUGAUCCUUUUAGAUCUACUUCUCUUUCCCUUCGGUGGAGCCUAUCUUUUAGAUCCAGUCUUUCUUUGUCAGAAAAACAAUGUCCAUCCUCCAUAGCAAGAGAGAGAAUAGAAGGAGAUGCUGCAGUAUCUCAUCCUCAUAUUUUCCAGAAUGUUUCACCUACUACCCCAACAUUAAAAUUCGGUGCCCAUGAUUUAGCAUGGAUUCUAAGAUUCUGGAAUUUGAACUACCUUCCUCCCCAUAAACUGCGCACCUUCUCACGUUGGCCUCGUUUUGGAGUUCCUAGAAUUGUCAGAUCAGGCAACCUUUCACUAGAUAAAGUGAUGACUGAAUUUAUGAUUCGUAUAGAUUCUGCACCAAUCUGUAUGAAGAACAUGCCUUUACACGAUGAUGAUCCAGCCAAAGGACUGACCUUCAUGAUGACAAAGCUAAAAAUUGAAUUAUGUUUUGGUAGGGGCAAGCAAAAGUAUACUUUUGAAAGCAAGCGUGACCUUAUUGAUCUUGUGUACCAAGGUAUUGACCUUCAUAUGCCCAAGGCUUUCCUAAUCAAAGAAGACUGUGAUAGUAUUGCUAAGUUAGUUACCAUGAUACCAAAAAGCUCACAAUCUGCAUCAGAUGAUAAAAUUCCCUCUGAAAAAGAUUACAUGAUACAGAAAAGUCAUGAUGAUGGAUUUCUGUUAUCCUGUGAUUACUUUACUAUAAGAAAACAGUCCCCAAAGGCUGAUCCUGCUACGUUAGUUGCCUGGCAUGAAGCAGGAAGAAGAAAUGUUGAGAAGACAUGUGUACAAUCUGAGGGUGAACAUCAGAGCGAAACUGAUGAGCUUAUGCGAUCAGACCCAAGUGAUGAUGAUGGGUACAAUGUGGUAAUAGCUGACAGUUGUCUACGUGUUUUUGUCUAUAGUCUCAAGCUUUUAUGGACUAUUGGAAACAGAGAUGCUGUUUGUUCCUGGGUUGGUGGUCUAUCUAAAUCCUUCGAGCCUGCCAAGCCUUCUCCUUCCCGGCAGUAUGCACAGAGAAAAUUAUAUGAGGACAGUAAACAGAAUGAUGGAGCUGAAACCCAUCAAGGUGAUGCAGGUGAAACUCAUCAAGAUAAUGGAUCUGAAACCCAUCAAGAUGAUGGAGCUGAAACCCAUCGAGGUGAAGGAGCUGAAACCCAUCAAGAUGAUGAAGUUUCUAAAUGCCUUCCUACGAGUAACAUCUCAGAAACUUCCUCUUCUCUGGCUGCCGGGACUUCUGGAUUACUUUCAUCUCCACCGCAUUUUGUUAAGGUGGACAACUUGGCAUCUGCUACGAAUGAAAGUACAGAUGAUUCUGAGGAGGGGACUCGGCACUUCAUGGUUAAUGUUAUUGAACCGCAGUUUAAUCUUCACUCAGAGGAUGCAAAUGGUAGGUUCUUGCUUGCUGCAAGAAGUGGCCGCAUUUUAGCCCAGUCAUUUCAUUCAGUCCUUCAUGUUGGCUAUGAGAUGAUUGAGCAAACAGACAGUACUACAAAUGUACAUACUGGUGAAUACCAGCCCGAAAUCGCAUGGAAAAGAAUGGAGUUGUCUGUUAUGUUGGAGCACGUGCAGGCCCAUGUCGCGCCAACAGAUGUUGAUCUAGGGGCUGGGGUGCAGUGGCUACCGAAAAUUCUUAGAGGCUCUCCAAAAGUAGGGCGAACAGGUGCUCUUCUUGAGAGAGUUUUUAUGCCUUGUGACAUGUAUUUCCGGUUCACAAGACACAAGGGAGGCACCCCAGAACUGAGAGUGAAGCCCUUGAAGGAGCUCAUAUUCAAUUCUCAUAAUAUAGCAGCAACAAUGACUUCUCGCCAGUUUCAGGUCAUGUUGGAUGUGUUGAACAAUCUUCUCUUUGCACGGCUUCCAAGGCCUAAAAAAAGUAGCUUAUCACUUUCUGCCGAAGAUGAUGAAAAUAUCGAUGAGGAAGCAGAUGAGGUGGUACCUGAUGGUGUUGAAGAGGUGGAACUUGCAAAAAUCAACCUCGAAAAGAAAGAUAGGGAACGAAAGUUGCUUAUCGAUGAUAUAUUGAAAUUGUCUCUCUGGUGUGAUCCUUCGACAGAUAUAAACCCAGAAAAGGAAGCAGACUUUUGGAUGGUAGAUGGCGGAAUAGCCAUGCUGAGAGCUUGGUUUAUGCACAAAGGGGCUGUGAGUGCUAACUGGUGUGCUUGUAAGCAAUUCAGUUACAGGAGGUUACAUACUGUUACAGUGAAAACCCACCUGCAACCAACAACAGAUUUUCCUGGAGGAAGGGGAACGGGCUCUAAUACCAUGUCAAACAACGAAUUAUCCUAUUGUUGGGUACAAAGACUGAAGAGAGAACUUGUAAGUGCACAAAAAAUUAGGAAGGAAGCUUAUGCAUCAUUAAGAAUGGCUAUGCAAAAUGCUUCCCAGAUGCGCCUAAUGGAGAAGGAGAAGAACAAAGGUCCUUCCUAUGCUAUGCGCAUAUCUUUGCAAAUUAACAAAGUUGUUUGGAGCAUGCUCAUUGAUGGUAAAUCCUUUGCUGAAGCCGAGAUCAAUGAUAUGAUCUACGACUUCGACCGGGAUUAUAAGGAUGUGGGUGUUUCUCAGUUUACAACAAAAUAUUUUAUUUUCAGAAACUGCCUGCCUAAUGCCAAAUCUGAUAUGAUUUUGUCAGCAUGGAAUCCCCCGCCUGAAUGGGGAAAAAAAGUUAUGCUUAAAGUUGAUGCAAGACAAGGAGCUCCAAAGGAUGGGAGUUCUCCCUUUGAACUUUUCCAGGUAGAGAUUUAUCCCCUUAAGAUCCAUUUGACAGAGACAAUGUACAGAAUGAUGUGGGGAUAUUUCUUCCACGAUGAAGAACGAGAUUCGCAGCGACGACAGGAAGUUUGGAAGGUUUCAACCACCGCUGGUGCAAGGCGUGUAAAAAAAGGUUCAUCAGCCCAUGAACCUUCUUCCUCAAGCAGUCACUCAACAAAAGAGUCUGAGGCCUCAUCCAAAUCUGUCUUCUCUACAAUGCUAUUUCCUGCUACCAGUCAGCCUUCUGUCCGAGUUGAUUCAGCCCAAGCAUCGAAAGCACAAAAUGUCAGAUCAAAUCCUGGUACUAGUUCAACCCCUGAGUUGAUGAGGACAUCUUCUUUUGAUAGAACGUGGGAAGAGACUGUGGCAGAAUCUGUAGCUGACGAACUUGUCUUACAAAGCUUUUCUUCCCACAAAAAUGGCCCAUUUGGCUUCACUGAGCUUCAGGAUGAAGCAUUUAAGAAUAAAUCAAAAGAUUCCAAAGGUGUCAAAGCUGGUCAUUCAUCUCUUGAAGAAACAAAGGUGGCUAAGUCUCUUGAAGAGAAGAAAUCUAGGCCACGAAAGAUAAUUGAAUUUCACAACAUCAAAAUUAGUCAGGUGGAAUUAUUGGUUACAUAUGAAGGGCAAAGAUUUGUUGUGAACGAUCUGAAAUUACUGAUGGAUCAAUUUCAUCGAGCUGAGUUUACCGGGACUUGGCGAAAACUCUUCUCGCGAGUAAAAAAGCACAUCAUUUGGGGAGUCCUUAAGUCUGUCGCUGGAAUGCAGGGAAGGAAAUUUAUAAACAAGGGUCAGAGUCAGCCCAGUGGAGCUGGUGUUCCAGAAAUUGAUAUUAAUUUUAGUGACAAUGAAGGCCAUGCAGGAAAACCUGAUAAGUAUCCACUAUCUUGGCCUAAGCGUCCAAAUGACGGAGCUGGUGAUAAAUUUGUAACAUCCAUGAAAGGACUAUUUAAUACCCAACGCCGCAAGGCCAAGGCAUUUGUACUGAAGACAAUGAAAGGUGGAGCAGAUAGUGACAUGCAAGGAGAUUGGAGUGAAAAUGAUGCAGAAAUCAUUCCAUUUGCUAGGCAGCUCUCAGUCGUAAAAACUAAAAAGCUUAUUAAGCAGCACAGUAAGAAGUUAUUCUCUAAAGGACAGAAAGGUUCAUCCUCUCCACAAAAAGAAGCACUACCAUCAUCUCCCAGAGAGAUACCUAUAUAUGACAGUGAUUCUUCAAGUGGUUCCUCAUCUUAUGAAGCUUUUGAUGAGUAAAAAAUGUUCAUCUGAAGGAAUUCUUACUUUCAGCUGACCAUGAAGCACAUUUCAUCUGGUUUGUAAAUGACUAGGAGGGGAGAUUUUGACAGCUGAUCUUUCUCAAUCAGAAGGUACCUUAGAUAAACACUAACUGAAUGACAACAUGAGAGGAGGGGCACCAAAAAUGGAAAGAGAACGUGGGACUCAACAUUUAGACAAAUGAAUAUUAACGUUGAUUUCUAUUCAGUGUAUAUAAUCCCCAGAAACUCUUUUUUGCACUCAUCUCGUCUUACAUUUUGCAUCCAUCUUUAACCACGUUUGUUAAUCUAACAUGUUAUACUUUUUGUCAACCUCACUCAAUGGUGUUCCAGUCUCUCAGGGCA